GCUUCAUUGCAUCCUUCGGCCAAGUCAUGAACCAUGAACGCAGCAAGCAUGUUGCAGUGCAUAGCCAUAAGUAUGUUAGGUCCUUAUUUCCUACUCUCUACUUAAGCCCACUCCCAGCCCAUUGCGGCGGCGUCUGAACUGUAACCAUAACCCUACACCCCCGUUUUCCUUACCUAGCAGGAGACUCCCCCCUCCCAAGCCAUGCACAUCAUAGUAGUCGGCGCAGGCCUAGGUGGCCUCUCAGCCGCUCUCUGCUUCGCUCUCCACGACCACACCGUAACACUCCUCGAACAAAGACCCGACCUUUCACCUCAAGGCAACGGUAUCAACAUCCGCCCCGGAGCGUCACGGAUCAUGCAUUCUUGGGGUCUUCGAAAUGAUCUCGAAGCAAUCUCGGAGAUCUGUCCGACAUUCCUACUGCGAAGUACCACCACGGGAGAGAUUACGAUGCGGAGUAUGCUUUAUGAAGCGAGUGAGUAUCCGGAUUGGAGUACUAUGCGGAGGGAUGUCGUUGUUAUGCUUUAUCGAAAGGUCGUGGAAGCGGGAGUGAAGGUGCGAUUUGGUGUAAGAGUACGCGAUGUCCGCGAAUCUGUAGGGCAGGCCACCUUAACUACAGAAUCCGGCGAGAGACUUGACGCCGACCUGAUCCUAGCAGCCGACGGCGUGCGCUCACGGAUCCGCCGACACAUCCUUGCCGACGUGACAGACUCCACCGAACCCAUCGUAAGCGAUACAACCUUCUACGGCGUCUGCGUCCCCUCCUGCGCCAUCCAAACCCGCGGCACGGAGAUGCACCGCGUCACAAACCAUGAUCACGACAUCCCAGUCGAUUGCUGGCUAGGCCGCAAUCGCUUCGUCGUCUCACGCUGGAGUCCACGACAUGGCUUCGUGGCUCUGUACGGGAUCAAAGGUGAGAACGAUAUGAAAGGCAUGUGGGACGCAGACGGAAAUAUCUCCUACAUCCGCGAAGCCUUCUCGGGAAGUUGCGAUGACCUCACCAUCCCUUUAUCGCUGGCAGAGACGUGCGAUAGAUGGAAACUAGCUGAAAUGCCUGAUCUGCCUCGGUGGACGAGUACAGGCGGAAGGGUGGUGUUAUUGGGUGACUCAGCGCACGCCAUGCACCCAAAUGCAGCACAAGGUUUCAGCCAAAUCAUUGAAGACAUCGGCGUACUCGACUACCUCAUCACCCGCGCCGGUCCCAACGCUACGAGGGAAAUGCAGAGCAUCACGCGAACAUGGCAGAACAUCCGCAAACCGCGCGUCGAACGGAUAAAGGAAUACGCCAAGUUCAACACGAACCUCUUCGUCAACGCACCCGCACCCUCCGCCGCGGAAACGGGUGAAAGUGUAUCGAGCGGUGAGGUGAAGGCGAACGUGCGAUCGUUAAAAGACGUGCAGCCGCGUAUGGAGGCGCAUUUCCAGUCCGCGGCUUUCGUGAAGUGGGCGUUGGAUUAUGAUGCCAUUGCUGCCGCGAAGGAGUAUCUGGGUGGGGCGAAACUUUAGAGGAGUGAGGUUUUCGUACCUUGACGCGGUUGCAGGCUGUAAUGGCGGCGGAGCGACGUCUAGACUAAGAGGGCGCGACAGUGAAGCAUCGAGGAGC